AAUAGGCGCCGAAGAAUUCGAAGGCCUCGGCCUCGAUCUCCAACAAGGUGGCGGAGACCGAGAUCCCUAAGAAGUCGAACAGAGGGAGGCACAAGAAACCUCAAGAAGGCCCCAAGGAGCCCGAGUACUUCCCUGAGAAGAGGAACUUGGAAGACCUGUGGCAAGCUGCGUUUCCUGUUGGAACUGAGUGGGACAACAUGGACAAACUCCGAGAGAUCAAUUGGGAUUUUUCAAACUUGGAGAAAGUUUUCGAGGAGGGUGGAGAACUUUAUGGAAAGACAGUCUACAUGUUUGGCUGCACUGAACCUCAAUUAUUGGAAGUAAACGGUGAACAGAAAGUAACACUUAUUCCUAUUAUAGUGGCGGUGGUUUCUCCUAUUCCACCAUCUGAUAAAAUUGGUGUAAAAUCCAUACAAAGGGAGACUGAGGAUAUUAUACCUAUGAAGGCAAUGAAAAUGGCAUGGAUUCCAUACAUACCUUUGGAAAACAGGCAAAGUAGAGUUGAUAGAUUGAAAACCCAAAUUUAUACUUUGGGCUGCAGCCAGAGAAGAUCUGCUCUAAAACAUCUGAAGAUUGAGCGUGUCAAGCAAUAUGACUAUUGUCUUCCGUACCUUCAGCCGCUGAAGGCUGAUGAAGAUGAGGAUGAUACAGUUGUCAAUAUCAUGUAUCCUCUUGAACCGCCGAUUGUAUGUGAUUUUGACUGGGAACUGGAUGAUCUUGAGGAGUUCGCUGAUGAACUUGUCCAGGAAGAAACUUUAUCAGAAGACCAAAAGGAUGCUUUUAAGGAAUAUGUGAAGGAACAAGUCAGAGAACGAAAGAGAGCACAGCGGCAGGCAAAGGAAGCAAGAAGAAAAGCUAUAGAAGACAUGGAUCCUGCAACAAAGGCAGCAUUUGAGAACAUGCAAUUUUAUAAGUUUUACCCGGUGCAGACACCAGAUACACCUGAUAUAAGCAAAGUAAAGGUUCCCUAUAUUAAUAGGUAUUACGGAAAAGCUCAUGUCCUAAUGUGACACCUUAUACGUUUGUCUGGCGUUCCACUUCUUUGUGGAGGCGUGGCGGUGUAGGCUUCUGCCGUGAAUAGAGACCAGAAGCAGGCAUUUUUGAUACAUGAGGCUGUAAAUUUUACAAUUUUAACGGAAAAAAUGUAUCCAGUAUUAGGUCGUUGGUAUUAGCUGGAAGUGGUGUAACUGGCUUUGGUAAGUGAUGCUUUUCCUCUGUUCCAUGUACAAUUUGUAGCGGAAAACCCUGAUAUUUUCAAACUAAAUCUCAUUCUUUUGAGAUCCCUGCGCUACAUCUGAGGUUGAAUAAUAGUGGCUAUGAUGGGGAACUAGAAUUGAGUUGCCUGUUCAUGAAAGCUUUAGGAACUAUGUUUCAGAGACGUUACCAAAUGUGUACUUCUGAAGCGUUAUGUAUUUUGAGCAGCGAAUAUUAUGCUGAUUUUACCAAGAUUUGUCAUGAACCUGCGGUCGAAAUUCCA